AUGACGAUUCGUAACGUGCUGGCGUUGUUUCCUCUGAUCAUGUGUAUUUCAUCCGUCACAGCUAUGGAGAGCGCUGUGGAUUCAUCUGCUGCUGCUGGGACCAACGGCACUGCACUGAUGCGGAUCGAGCUUGCAGUGGUACGGCCCACCGAGUGGCCUCCCAAUGGCACGGAGGCUUUUUGGGUAGAAUUUCGCCAUCACUUCAAGGUUCCUCUUUCUGUGAGUCUGAAUGCAUCAGUUGUUUUUGACACCUGCAUUCUGUCCUUAACGAAUGGUGAUGAAGAUGUCGCCGUAUCGCUUUGUAAUCGUAUCGCCCAAGGCAUCAAUGGUACAACAACAGCUGAUGCAGAGUACCUGCGUGAGAACAACAUAGUGGGGUGUGUGCCUGGCUACGUGCCUGUAGUGGUGCCGGCGUACCUGCGGCAAUCCCUCACACCCACCAACACCCAGUCCAUGCAGCUGGGCUAUCGGAUUGUGGGAGUCAUCGCGGUCUUGCUGCUGAUAGCUCAGUUGGUCUACGGGUUGUACCACUUCAAGGGCUUUGCGUUUAUACGGGCAAGCGAGCAGGACGAGCUGAGUUAA